UGUAAAGUAUAACAAGGGGGUGGGGUGGGCAGUUUGGGCCUCUGAGGCUUAUGUGUGCCUAGCUCCCCCCACAGCCAGCUCUGCAGUGGUCUGCUCCGGUGGAUUUGGGUUCCAAAUGGAAGGCUGCGUGUUCUCCUCUGCUUAUUGUUUCCCCAGUUGCUGUGGCGAUUGCCAGAGCAGCCUUAGCGCUGUGCAGAGCCCAGCUACCUCUCAGCCCUACUUAGGGUUGGUCCUGGUGGAGCUACGCAGGGUUGUGGCAGCACUGCCUCAAAAUAUGACAGCAGAUUCUAAUUCUUAUGGGUUUCCAUGGGAAUUCGUGAUAUGGGCAGCUAUUGUUGGAUUUUUUGCUGUUCCCAUUUUUUUGUGGAGAAGUUUGAGAUCGGUUAGGAGUCGGCUUUAUGUGAGAAGAGAGAAAAAGCUUGCCAGUGAGCUUUCUGAACUAAUUGACAAAAAAGGUAAACUACUUGAAAACCUUACCCUCAUUAAAAAAGAGCAUGAAGGCUGUGAAGUAGAGACAUCUUUAAAGGAGGCCAGCUUUGAGGAGGAGGCAGCAGAAGCACGAAGUUUGGAGGCAACAUGUGAAAAGCUGAGCAGGUCCAAUGAUGAACUUAAGGAUGAGAUACUUGGUCUCAAAAAAGAGUUAAAGGAACAGAAAUCAAAACGUUCUGAACAAAAGCAACUGAUGGCGGAUAUUUCAAAAACGAUACAGUCUCUAGAAGAUGAGUCAAAAUCCCUCAAAUCACAAGUAGCUGAAGCCAAAAUCAUCUUCAAGAUAUCUCAAAUGAAUGAAGAACGACUGAAGAUAGCAAUAAAAGAUGCCUUGAAUGAAAAUUCUCAACUUCAGGAAAGCCAGAAAGAGCUUUUGCAAGAAGUUGAAGUAUGGAAAGAACAAGUGAGUGAACUUAAUAAGCAGAAAAUAACAUUGGAAGACUCCAGAGUACACGCAGAGCAAGUUCUAAACGAUAAAGACACUCACAUCGAGACUCUGACUGAACGCUUGCUGAAGAUGAAAGACUGGGCUGCUGUGCUUGGAGAAGACAUAAUGGAAGAGGAGAACUUGAAAUUAGCAAUGAACACCGAAUCAGAAGAUGGUGCUAACUUAGAUCAUCCUCCAAAAGGAGCUUUGAAGAAACUGAUUCAUAAUGCUAAGUUAAACGCUUCUUUAAAAAUCUUGGAAGGAGAAAGAAACCAAAUUGAUUUUCAGUUAUCUGAAGUUGAAAAAACAAAGGAAGAGCUUACACAGUGUAUUAAAAAUCUUCAGACUCAACAAGCAUCUUUGCAGUCAGAAAAUACACAUUUAGAAAGUAAGAAUCAGAAGCUUCAACAGAAACUUAAAAUAAUGACUCAAUUCUAUCAAGAAAAUGAAAUGAGACUCUAUAGGAAAUUAACACUACAGGAGAACAGCCGGUUAAAGAAAGAAGAGAAACUUUCUAAAGUGGACAAAAAGAUUGUCCAUGCCGCUGAGGAGCUGGAGACCUGUAGAAAGCGAGCCAAAGAUCUUGAAGAAGAAUUCAAGAGAACUACUCAUUACUAUCAGCGGUGGGCUACUGCCUAUGAGAAAAAAGCGCAUCGUAAUUGGUUGGCUGCUCAGACUGCUGAGGGAAACCUCAAUGAUUUAAGGAAAGAAAAUGCUCACAGCAGACAAAAAUUAACUGAAAUAGAGUUUAAAUUUAAACUCUUAGCAAAAGAUCCUGAUGCAUUUGAUGUUCCAAAUAGGGCGUUUGGCAGAGAACAUUCCCCGUAUGGUCCCUCACCAAUGGGUGGACCUUCAUGUGAAAUGAGAGCUUUUCUCUGUCCUCCAACUUUGUUGGAGGGUCCACUCAGACUCUCACCUUUGCUUCCCGUGGGGAAAGGAAGAGGCUCAAGAGGCCCAGGGAAUCCUCUGCAUCAUCAGAGUACAAAUGAAAGAGGAGAAUCAACCUGUGGUAGGUUACCAGAUCUUCACAGGGCUCCUUCUGACACUGGGUUCCUGUCACCUCGGUGGGAACAGGAUCGUAGGAUGAUGUUUCCUCCACCAGGACACCAGGUCUACUGUGGUUGUAGACAAAUGCGAAAGUAACUUUAUGCUUAAUUAAAUAAAUUGUAGUUUAUUUUUAACAUAAAAAAAGAUUUAUGAGCUUCCUUUCUUCCUCUUCCAUCGUUCCCUGCCUCACCUUCGUAGAUGAUAGAGCUAGACCACCCUUCCAUAGCUGAACACCCUCCUUACUCCCUCCCUGCAAAACUUGCACACAGGCAGACCUAGAAUCCUCAAGACCACCAGAGUGGCUUUCUGGUACCACUCUUGCUAGACCAAAGAAAAGAUGUGGAGGGAAUUUUGCAUCUCAAUUCUUCAUAUCUUAGAUAGUGCUAAAUGAUCCAUAUGUUUUCUUAUAGUUGGAUGUGCAUGGAUUUACACAAACACACGCACACACAGAACACCCUCUCCAACCACUUUUUGUGUACUUUUCACAACUGCCCAGCAGAUGACAGCAAAGUGUCCUGAGGAACCACGUUUUCUAUAAUUCAGCUGUAGAGCUAGAAGCUAAAUUGCCCCUCUAGGUAUA